GAGAAACAAAGUAGACAAAAAAUAUUUUUCUGCGUUUUUGUCGUUGGUUAUUUUGAUACUGGAAACCGGAACUAAUACAGACGUCACUGUACGGUUGUCUAAAAUGUUCGGCUAAGAAAGCGACCCUUGCAGGGCUAACAUUUUUAAGCUGAGAAAACGGCCAAUCGUUCACUUGGUCGACUUAUCAUAAUAGAAAGCCAACGCCUGCCGCGGAAGAUGUUUUAUUAUUAUCGGCUUUGAAUAAUAGGCAUUUGUUUUUUGUUGUUCUUGUUGGCAUUUGCUUUUCCCAUGGCUUUGGCCAUAAAGCCAACUCGUUAGCUGAGGUAGUAAAGUAAAAUAAAAAGAAUGGCAGGCCCGUUUCUCUGCUGUGUUGUGUAAGUCCAAUCAAAGGAGAUGGAUGACGAGCUGGAGAGCUUCAUCAGAGAGCGCAAGGUGCGUGUGGCUAAAGAUAAAGCCAGUUUAGAGCAAGACCCCCCUUAUAUGGAGAUGAAGUCAAAACCACGUAGAGCCCAUGGGACCACUGCUAAGGAGAAUAUCCCUCCCCAGUUCAUGACACAGGGAAAAGACGAAGGUUGCAUUGUGGGUCUGCCCCUUGGUGUGGAGUAUGAGAAGAAGAAGCAGAGGCUGCAGCAGGAGCUCCGUAUGGACUACAGGCGCUACAUGGCUCAGAAAAAACACUUUGACCCUGGAGAACCAGAAGCAUUAACCCUAUAUGCCAGCAGGAAAGCUAUAAAGCUGCUGCCUGAAGAGCAGGCUGGUGUUUUUCCCAAACACCGAUCGCCGUUGCAGAGAGACAUGGCGGCUGUAAUGGAGAACAGAGGGCUGCGCCUCGCUCGGGUUGGGAGCCCAUCUGUUGAGGAAGAUGAGGGGCCCUCCUCAGUGCUUCCUCGGCAUUGUGACCAGCAAGCUAAGCCAGGUGACCAGGAUUCAGAGGAGGUGGCGGCGGAGUGUUUCAGAGCUGAGCCGGAGCCAACAGACGGCAGAAGACGCAGGACGCUGGGAGCUGGAACCAACUUUGAUAGGAGCCAGACAACCAGAAAUAACGAGAGGGACAAGAGGGAGAUGCUGGUUGGUACUGGCAGAGAAGUAAGGAGAUCAACAGCUCUGUAUAAGAAUAAUAGUGCUGAGUUCAUCACAGGACUGCUGAUAGGGGCGGCUGACACGGAUGAGGCUUUGCAGAGGAGAAAGGAGCUCUACAGGCAGGAGCUGCAGGAGCAGAUAGCCGAGCAGCAUCGCAAUAAGAAGAGGGAGAAAGAUUUGGAGCUUAAAGUUGCUGCAACAGGAGCAAAUGACCCCGAGAAGCAGCCAGACCGGAUCAAGCAGUUUGGUUUGAGCAGAAGAAAGGGUCCUUCAGCCACAGGAGAGAGUAAUGAGAGUACUGGUAAUGAGAGGAGCAGCAUCAGAGAAAGGGAGAUGCCUCCUCCUGACCAACCACAUGUUGCCUUCCAGUCUCCCCUGCUGGAGUAUAGUUCUGCUCUUGGCCUGUCUCCCAACAUCCAGCCUCCUGCCCCCUCUUUCCCAAGUCCCAUGGACAUUCCCAGAAAUCCCUUGUUUGCUCCUCAUCCUCCUUCUACUCUAAGUGAAGCUUACAGAAGCCCUUGUGGAGAAUGUCAUCCGUACUACGGCACAAGAAACCCUAUCGACCCAAAUAUGGCUUACUACGGACAUUUGUCUGUUCCUGGUGCUGGAUUUCCCCUGUCGUACUGGGGUAUGCCACCAGCGGGAGCUGUGCCCAGCCAGUUUGGCCACCGCAGCCCACACGGCCAGCACAGUGUAUGCAGCUUCCCAGAGCGUCCAGUACAGCCCGGCAGCGAGACCACAGGUGUGGAUUCCAAAGGUGUGGGUUUCCCCCUAGAACAACCCCGUUCGACCAGGGACAGGAUUCUGAGCUACAGAGAAGCCCUCAAACAACAGAUCCAGGAACAACAGGAGCGCAGGCUUUUUGAGCAGGAGGAGAGGGAACGCUAUGAGGCCCGACUGGAGGCCGACAUGAAGAACCACCAGCCAUGGGGGAGAGGCGGAGGAGGAGCGCCGCUUAGGGACAGCACUGGAAAUCUCAUCGCGGACCUUAACCAGAUGCAUAAACUGAACGAGGAGGCCUAUAGCAACCCGGAGCAAUGGCAGAGGAGAGCAACCGCUGCCAUGAAGGCCCGCCGCGCUGGUAUUGCAGCAGAGACCUGCAACCACAAUUCCACUGACAGGAUCUCAAGCUUUACUCAUGUCAAAAGUCCACAGUUUGCCAGAGGCAACGUUUUUGCGAACCAGCCCACUGAGCAGCAGCUCCAGGAGCAGGACAAGUACAAAGCUUACCUCAAACAUCAGAUUGAGGAGAAAAUGAGGAAAAAGGCAGAGGAGAGGGAACGGACCAGGCUGGAGGAAGAGAAAGAGGAGAGGAGGCUGGCGGAGCAAAGGGCCCGCAUUCAGAGGGAGUACGAGGAGGAGCAAGAGAGGAAGAGAAGGAAAGAGAUGGAGCAAAAGGCCAAAAACGAGGAGCUCAUUCAGCUGGCUGAGCAGAGGAAGAAGGAGGCGGAGAGGAAGAAAAAGGAGGUGGAGGAGAAAGAGAGUGCAGCAUUGAGGAGGCAGUAUGAGGGAGAGAGGCAGGCCAGAGUGGAGGAGGUUCGCAGAGAGCCUUCACCUCCGAUCCCCACCCUGCAAAAGAAGCAGGGAUCACAGCAGUACACCCCCAGACCUCCCACUAUUGACAGCCAGCGGUCAGCUCUUCCGCUGUCUGAGCACUCUUUGUCCGGGCUUCAGUCUCCUCCCGUCCCAGCAUGUCGGAACCAGCUCAGAGCUGCCGGGGAGCAGCGUGACCUGUUUAGCGAGCUUUCGUCACUGCGCCAUCAGCUUCGCAGUGAACAAAAACGCCUGGAGAGCCGCCUACAACAGGGCGACUGGGAGGAGCUGGACUCCCCCAUCAGCCUUAGACAUCGGGAGCGCCCCCCUGUUGAUGUGUUUGACAUGGCCAGGCUCCGACUCCAGGCUCCGGUCCGAAGGCCGAGUUCCAGAAACACUGAGCCUAGAAACCUGCUGCGUAUCCACGACUUGCUUCAGCUUAAGCAUGCUGAUGCCGAGUGGAGGCUCGGCUCUGGUGACAGUAAUGCUGCAUCAGGUGGAGCCAGCAGGAGGAGUAGGGACUGCAGAGACUCGUGUCAGCAGUUUGUCAGUUGGAGAUCUACAGUCCAGGACGAUUAUGGCGACUUGUCCCCACCUCAACGAAAUGAUUAUCUGAGAAGUGCGAGUGGAGGAUCAGGAGGAAGCUUUCUACUCGAAUCGGAGAGCGCUUUUAUUGGUGAUCUAGAACUGAACCCCCUGGGCGAUGACUCUCCGCUGCUGCAUGCUCCAGAGCUGGAGAGGAUCUGUCAGCUGUCGGCGAGGGAGAGGAGGAGGUUGGCCAAACAGGAGCGAUCAACCAUUAGCCACCCUAUUGGUCAUCAUGAUGGCUACACCGCCCACUCAGGUGACCGGCUACGACACAACGUAGAACCGACCAAUGUCUGA